AUGGAAUGUCGUGUGAUUAAAAUUGAAGACGAUUCGGAUUCAUCGGACAUAGUCGUGAAGGUUAUUAUAAAACAUGAAAGAAAGGACGGUCAAUACAGAUCGAAACAGGAUAUCGAAGCGAAGGAAAUAAAACAAAAAGGCAUAUCACAGCCAACUGAACAUAAGAUACGGCACAAAAGUUCUGAGGAUGCAACUGACAUGGACGCCCAUCGUGAUAAGGAUAUCGCGAGUUUUCUUGCGCAUAUUGGAGACUUCGCAACAAACGACUUACCUGAUAAUUUGUUUGAGGGGUCGGAAAAUGAAGAGAGCACCGAAUCGUCCAAACCAGAAGCAAAUAAACACCCUGUAUCGGAAUUUGUGCCCGAUUUUAGAUCCAGGACUGGGAUCUUAGUUGGUUCUUGCCCUUCAGGGCAUAUACGAAGAGGAUCACUUUGUUUACCAGCAGACAAGUAA